AUGCUGCCUCUUCCUUUGCCUGUGCUUACAAUUUACGUAUAUAAAUCAGAUGAAUUUGAAAAGACACUUGAUUUGGCAAAUGAAACAUCCGGUUAUGCAUUAACAGGAGCAAUUUUUGCACAAGAUCGUUCAGUAAUUGUGAAGGCAGAAAACAAAUUACGAUACGCAUCUGGUAAUUUCUAUAUUAAUGAUAAAUCUACUGGUGCUAUAGUAGGUCAACAACCUUUUGGUGGCGCACGUGCAUCUGGAACAAAUGAUAAAGCCGGAAGUCAUACUUUGUUGUAUCGAUUUCUUUCAAUGCGUACUAUCAAAGAAAAUUUCAUCAAUAUUGAAGAUUUUACUUACCCAUCAAAUCUUACUUGA